UCGUACACUCCGCUCCAUGGCCAUAGCUUCAUGGACUUGAAAAUAUUGUUAUGCGGGGAUCACACGGCAUGGAAUUUAUGGAGAGGAGAACUACCUGAUUGAAAGGAAAUUUUUUUCACUCCUCCUGACCACAUGCCAAUUUCGGCAGCCGAAAUCGACAAAAUCUCCACUCUGUAUGGUGGAAAAUUCCAUGAUGAACGGCGCAUGGCAAGUCGCAAAGAACCAGAGAGAGGUGCUGAGGAAGAGAAGAAGACACAGAGCCCAUUUAACUUUCUUCAAGCACAUGGCUUUUUUGCUGUCUCUCCGCACCAUCAUCGGUCACUCUGUACAAUACACACCGUGUCGGCAAAAUGUGAAUGAUGCAACAAAGCCAGUGCCAACAAUAAGCCCCCGUUUUUUCCGCUCAAACCCCAUGAAUGAAGUACGGAAGAAGAAAACAGAAAUGAUUAGAAAACAGCUCAAUAAUCGGUAAAUGAAAGAAAUUGAAAUGCGUGUGGAGUGUGUGAAUCUCCUCCUUCGGGAUUUUCACGAAAUCAGCGUGAAAUGGGUGGAGCUGGGAAACGAAUUUCCCACUCUUCACACAGGCAAAUGAAACAUCUGCAGCCCGAGAAAUCCCAAUAACAGAAUAACAAAAAAUAGUGUCACAUGUGCUUCUGAGGAAUGAUCAUCUCGACAGCCUCGGUAGUGUCUCCUCAGUUGCGGGGAAUUGAAGCCACGGAGAACGAGUGAUUAGUGUUUGGGGGAGGAAGAUUUGUUAGUGAGCAAUUUCAUUGGCAUUCAACCCUUUUCUUCCGCGUGACGCGUGGGUGAUGGUGGUUUGAUGAGUGCGGAGUGUGCAGAAAAGAAUCGGGGACAAUGACCAAAUUCAGUGAGAAAUUGUGCUGCAAAAUUGCACCGGAUUACAAGAAUGGCUACGAAGUGAGUCACAAAACUUCAACACCAGUCGGUGACUUUUACCCGCACUACCAGGCACCGAUGCAGCUACAAACCGACGUGCAACAGCAGAGAGGGAAUCACUUUGAGCAGCAGCAAACGCAUCAUCAAAUAUCCUCAGAUGCAGAUGACAAUAGUUUGAGCUCUGAGGAGCACGUACUAGCACCAGUUGGAUGCUCAGCUGGGCAAUCUCGUCCCUGCUUAGCCUGGGCAUGCAAGGCGUGCAAAAAGAAGAGCGUUACGGUGGACAGGAGGAAAGCUGCAACACUCCGUGAGCGCCGACGUUUGCGAAAAGUCAAUGAGGCAUUUGAGCUACUGAAGAGACGAACAAGUACAAACCCCAACCAAAGACUCCCCAAAGUCGAAAUACUCAGAAAUGCUAUAGAGUAUAUUGAAUCCUUGGAGGAUUUACUACAAGAAACACCCGCCAAUAGAGAAAGUCCCGACACUUCUGAUGAUCUGAAUCAAACUUCUCGUUCUCAGGAUUAUAUGAAUUGCUGUCCUGGUUCCUUCUUGAAAGAAAGACUGCAUCAAUUAACCAAAGACACAGACAGAUUUACGCCGAUUGCCGGCUACAUUUCAACGGGAAAUGUGAAUGGAUCGAGUCUGGAGUGUUUAAAUUUAAUUGUCCAGAGCAUAAAUGCCGUACAACCAUCACCAGUCCAUCCAUCUGCAACUUCACUUCCCAGCAAAUUUGAUACAGUGGUUCAGUGAUGCGUCUCCCCACCACCCCCACACCCCAUUGAGACUCCAAAGAUUUAAAUAAAUAAAAAUUAUUUUCCAGAUUUUAGAGAAAAUGCCUCGUGCGUAAAAAAAAUCUCAAAUGCAAUAAUUAGUGUUUGUAAAAUUUAGUGAUUGGCUUUAUUAUAUAAAAAAUAUUAAUUAGGAUUAAUUAGGUACACAUUUUUUGUUAAAAAAUAAAUAAAUAAUCGAGAUGAGAAACUCUAUUAAUUUGCAAUUUAUUCAAUAGAAGUGAUUUUAAGCAUUAAUAUAGAAAUUUUUAGUGAAGAAUUGGAUGAGAUUAUUUUUGUUCUCAUAAACCAACCGUGUUGAGAGGAUACGUGGUAUACAUAGAGAUAUAUAGGGCAGGAAAUGUGAGUUAAGAUUUAUAUAUAAAAUGAAUACAAUCUUGUCGAAUUUAA